AAGGCGGACUAAAUUAGCUGAUAGCAACACGCAAAAAUUGACCGUCGGUUUCCGGCGGACUGUAUCCCGCCCUCCUCUUUCCUUCCUUCGUACGUUUCCACACACUAUAAAGCCGGCUGCACUAUCAUUCUUCUUCUUCAUCGUCGUCGCCGUUGUAUCAUACUCCGAUUGCUCUUCAUUUCUGUUUAAUUCUACUUUGAUUUCUUCUUAAUAUCUAGAGACGAUGGAUAGCCUGACCUUGACCGGUUUGUUAAAGAAAUCCGCUACUCAAUUUCCCGAUAACCGUGCGAUUUCCGUUUCUGGAAAACUCGAUUUGACUCAUUCUCAACUACAACUUCUCGUUGAUCGCGCCGCUUCUCUCCUCCUCGCCUCCGGUGUCUCCGCCGGAGAUGUUAUCGCUCUCACUUUCCCCAACACCGUCGAGUAUGUGAUAAUGUUCUUAGCCGUCAUUCGCUGCCGAGCCACGGCAGCGCCGCUGAACGCCGCUUACACGGCGGAGGAAUUCGAGUUUUACCUCUCUGAUUCAGAAUCGAAGAUUCUGAUUACGUCAGCAGAAGGAAUUCAAUCAGCUCAAGCUGCAGCUUCAAAGCUUAAUAUCCCUCACGUAACCGCCGCACUCGAUAUAGAAACCAAAACAAUACUCCUCUCAAACACUGAGUCAUCAACGAGCCUUGAUAACUCGGUCGCUGAACUCGUUAACGAAUCAUCUGAUGUGUCACUUUUUCUUCACACGUCAGGCACUACCAGCCGCCCUAAAGGCGUGCCUCUGACUCAGCUUAACUUAGCUUCCUCUGUUUUAAACAUAAAGUCUGUUUACAGACUCAAUGAGUCUGACUCGACCGUUAUAGUCUUGCCUUUAUUUCACGUUCACGGCUUGCUCGCCGGAUUACUCAGCUCACUAGUCUCCGGAGCCGCUGUUACUCUUCCAGCCGCCGGUAGAUUCUCCGCUUCAACAUUUUGGUCAGACAUGAAUACAUAUAACGCCACGUGGUACACUGCAGUUCCUACAAUUCACCAAAUCAUAUUAGACCGCCAUGGCAGCAAACCGGAGCCGGCUUACCCUAAGCUGAGGUUUAUUAGGAGCUGCAGCGCCUCUUUGGCGCCUGCUAUUUUGACUCGUCUGGAAGAAGCUUUUGCAGCGCCUGUUUUGGAAGCUUAUGCAAUGACUGAGGCUUCUCAUUUGAUGUGUUCUAACCCGUUACCGGAGGAUGGCGUGCAUAAGGCCGGUUCGGUUGGGCGACCCGUGGGGCAAGAAAUGGCGAUUUUGAAUGAAAAUGGGGUGGAGCAAACGGCUGGUAAUCAUGGAGAGGUGUGCAUUAGAGGAGCAAAUGUGACGAAAGGAUACAAGAACAAUCCUGAGGCUAAUAAGUCAGCAUUUCUAUUCGGAUGGUUUCAUACCGGAGAUAUCGGGUUUUUCGACUCUGAUGGAUACCUGCAUUUAGUGGGCCGGAUCAAGGAGCUGAUUAACCGUGGAGGUGAGAAAAUAUCACCGAUUGAAGUAGAUGCAGUACUGUUAUCUCAUCCUGAUGUUGCUCAAGCAGUUUCAUUUGGAGUUGCAGAUGAUAAAUAUGGUGAAGAGAUAAACUGUGCCAUAAUUCCAAGAGAAGGCUCUAGCAUUGACGUAGCUGAGAUUAUUGGUUUCUGCAAGAAAAAUCUGGCAGGUUUCAAGGUUCCAAAGAAGGUUUUCAUAACUGAUCAUCUCCCAAAAACAGCUACUGGGAAAAUCCAACGCAGGAUUGUAGCAGAACAUUUUCUUGCCCAAAUAUCCGCCGCUAAAGUCACCAAGUUUGGAGCUUAAUCGGACAAAUGCCAUCGGAGACGAGACACUAUGCUUGUUUUUGUUUCAUUUUACAGAUUAGCAUUGAAAAUUCAUUCCUUGUGUAUAAAAUGAAUUUUGAUAUCAAGAGCAGCAUUGUUUUUAGUUUUAGCUGAUUAUUACAUGUUGCUUAAAACCAUAUGAUAGAAACAUUUUUGAUUUGUAAUACCAAAUAAAAAUUAUAUGAUACAAUGUUAUUCUCCUCC